CAUUGAAGGAAUGCUGGCACUCAAAUAAAUCUGUUAGACUUUAAGGUACCAGAACUCUUUGUGAUUGUGUUGUUGAUUUUGGUGGUUCCACACACUGAAGCAGAUUACUGUGGGCACCUCUAAAAAAGACAGAAGCAAGCAUUUCGGGACAAGCAUUAGCAAUUCCCCCCAGGGGGGAGGGGGUUAAUAAAGGAUCCUCGUCUUCCUAUCAGCCUGCAAAAAAAUAGGCGGUGGAGCGGAAGGCCUUGGGAUCUAGCUGUCCACUGCCUUUGCAGCCCACGGUAACCGGCCAGCUCCCCUUCCACGGAGAGGCGGGGGUCCACGCCACAAAGCGAGCCGAGCGGGCUGCAGCCAAAGCCAUGGACAAGUUAACGCACUCGCACAACGCCCGGUUGCUUCAUCUGGAACGGAGGAUGACCGUGGCCGAGCAGAAAUGGGCCGCCUGUGAGAAGACCGUGGUGGACAUGGGGAACCAGCUGGAGAGCAAACUGGCUGCGCUCGGGACCCUGAUUGAGGAGAAUGGCCUUCUCCAAAGGAGACUGGACAACCUGGAGAACCUGCUGAAGAACCAGAACUUUUGGAUCCUGAGAUUCCCUCCUGGCGUUAAAGGGGAAAUUCCAAAGGUGCCAUUGACCUUCGGUGACAGCUCUGUCGACUUCAGUGAGCGGGAGUGGAGCAGUCUGGAGGAGGAGCAGAAGGAACUCUACAAAGCGGUCAUGAGAAGCAACUACGAGAUGCUGGUCUCCUUGGAUGAUGCCGUUUCCAAGCCCAAGGUCCUGUCCCAGGUUGAGCGCGGAGAGGAUCCAGAAAGCCUGGAAGGGAGGGAAAUGCCUGUUGACCCCAGCUAUGAAGACUGCCCGGUGGCUGCCGUAGACGCUGUGUCCUGGGGUCGAGAGGAGGUCGGGGAAGACCCCAAACGCUUUGUUGACCCAGACGAUUAUUGUGAAGGGAACCGUUGCGAGGGUCCCGGUCUAGAAUCACAGGUCGACCACCGUGAUGUGGGACUGCAGGUCAAGCAAGAAAGGGAGGAGCAGUGCAUCAAGGAAGAGCCCUCGUCUCCUGGAAGCUCCAGCAGUGAUCUGUUUGUUCCGGUCUGCAUCAAGCAGGAGGAGGAAGAAGAGGAGGAGGAGGAGGAAGUAGAACCAUGCGUUGAGGAUCAGCAGGAUCUGGUCUUAUUUGGGCCCCCGAGGCUGCUCCAGGCUGCGGAAGAGGAAGGCGAUCCUCCCCUUUGGCCGCCCCUGGCCUCCCACAGCAGGGCCAUCCUGCCAAACCCCAUGGAGGGCCCAGAGCACGGAGGCGCCCACCCCAGAGGGUGCUUGGUCCAGUGCGGCAUGUGCAGCGAGGGCUUUGUGCGCCAGGAGACCUUGGUGGACCACCAGUACAGCCGCAAGCGGAAGUUCCAGUGCGCCGAAUGCAACCGCAGCUUUGCAUUCCAGGGGCAGCUUUCGCAGCACCUGUUGACCCACAUCCCGGGGACCCAGUUCCACUGCACGGAAUGCAACCUGUGCUUCUCCAGCCAGAAGGCGCUGGUCCUGCACGAGCGGAUCCACGCAGUGGACUGGCCCUUGCACUGCUCAGUGUGCAACCGGAGCUUCACCGAUACUGCCGCCUUCGACCACCACCAGCAGUCGCACGGGCCGGGCCAGGUCCGCCGGUGCCUGGAGUGCAACGUUUAUUUCACCAGCCCGGCCGCUCUGGAGGAGCACAAACGGAUGCACUCGGAGGACUGGCCGUUUCGGUGCGCCCAGUGCGACCGCACCUUCGUGCACGAGAGGCUGCUGAUGGAGCACCUGCAGAAUCACGGCCGGACACGGAGUCGCCGGUGCCACAUCUGUGGCUCGUGGCUUUCCUACAAGGGCAACAUGGAGCAUACCGGGACCCAGUUGUACCACUGUAAAAAGUGUAACACGGCUUGCCGCGUCCAGGGGAGCCCUGGGUCUGAGGUGGUGAGCUUUGAGGGGCCAAACAAGUCAGGGAAGACCAGUUCUUAACUCUUUUCCCAGGAGGAGUCGGCCCUGGGGCCUCUCUCACCUGGCAGACUCCCUGGCUCAUCCGGCAAGAAGGCAUCUGAGGAAAACUCUCUCGUAGGUCAAAAAAGGAAAAUGUUUCUCCCAGGAGACCUCGCUGGAGAAAAAAAGUCUAGGGCCCCAUGUGCCAGCCUGUGCUUCACCGGGUGGUCAGGCGGAGAAUAAACCCAUCUAGGAAUGGAGAUAAUCAGGCCGAGGUGCUGUGGGCAAUGAAAGGGGUCAUUCCCUGGGUGGGCAACCCUAGAUGAGUUCAGCUGGGGGGUGUUUUUUGUUGUGGAAGAAGAUGAUCCUGACCUCCUGCCCCACAUCACCACUGGGGGAACUGACCAAGCCUCAUUGACUCCCAGGCUGCGUCCCUGUUCUUUUCAGCGUAGGUGGCUUCCACUCCAGCCCCGUGCUCUGUUGCUGUGCCUCUGAGUUGCUUUUUUGCUUUGUGAUGAAGACCAUACAUUUUUCUGGGGGGUUGGGAGUAUCCAGUCCAUGUGAGUCUGUUGCCGUAACACCAACAAAAUACCUUGUGGCUCCUUGCCUGUUAACACAUUUUAACUUGGCUUCAGCUUUCCUCGAUUCCACUUGAUGUAGCUGGGCUGCAGCCUUUGAAGGUGUACACAGACAAGACUUGCUAGCUUUUACCGUGUUUCCCUGAAAAUAAGGCAGGGUCUUAUAUUCAUUUUUGCUCCAAAAAAAUGCACCGGGGCAUAUUU